GGGGGUUCCAUUUGUUCGUAACAGAGACCCUCAUUCUCCAUCUCCCCCCACUUUCCCUUCUGUAUCUUCAAUCGACUUUCCACCCAUUUUCACGAAUUUCAAAUCUUUUUCAAUUUCUCUUCCCAUUUUUCACAGAUUUUAACUUCCCCUGAUGUCUGUGCCACUCGAACAUGAUUAUAUAGGCUUAUCAGAAGCUUCCUCAAUGGGAAAAGCCUCUGAAUCUUCCAAUUUUUCAUCUGAAAGUGAUAAGAACAAUGUUCUUAACCUCAAAGCCACUGAAUUGAGACUUGGGUUGCCUGGAUUAGGUCAGUAUUUGGAAGAAAACCCCUCGAAGAACAGCCCCACGAAGAAUGUUGUUUCUAGAGCUAAAAGAGGGUUUUCUGAUGUUAAUUUUGAUGGUUCUGCUAAAUGGGAUUUCAAUGGCGGACCUGAAGGUGAUUUGGGGAAAGGUUCUUCUUCUUCUUCUUCUUCUAAUACUACUUCUGUUCUGUUUAAGAUAAAUGCUGGUUUAGAGAGCAAGCAAACACAGCAAUCAAUUCCUAUUCCUGUUGAAGAGAAGAAGAAAGCUUCUGUUACUAGUGAAAAUGGCAGAGCUCCUCCUGCUUCCAAAGCUCAGGUGGUAGGAUGGCCACCGAUUCGAUCUUUUCGGAAGAACACCAUGGCUUCCAAUUUGUCAAAGAAUGAGGAUGUAGCCAAAGGCAAUUCAGGAUGUGGGGUGUGUCUUUAUGUGAAGGUUAGUAUGGAUGGUGCUCCAUAUCUAAGAAAGGUUGAUCUCAAGACUUGCAACAACUAUACGCAACUCUCAAAGGCUGUCCAGAAAUUGUUCACCUGCUUUACCCUCGGUCAAUGUACUUCUAAUGGGCUACGAGGGCAGGAAGGGCUUAGUGAAAGUAACUUGAAGGAUCUUUUACAUCGCGAUGAAUGUGUACUGACGUAUGAAGACAAGGAUGGUGAUUGGAUGCUCGUUGGUGAUGUUCCAUGGGGGAUGUUUGUAGACUCGUGCAAGCGAUUAAGGAUCAUGAAAGGGUCGGAAGCAAUCGGACUAGCUCCAAGGUCAAUGGAGAAGUGCAAGAACCAAAUAAGAGACAUCUGAUGGACACACCAAAAGGGUCUUCAAUUUUUUUUUUUUUUUUUUUAAUUUCUAGUAAUUUUUCGAUUUUCUUUAGAUGUCUGAAUCUUUUCUUGUGGGCAAGUCAUAUCUGGAAAGGGAACAUCUUUCAGAUGUUUGGGUUUCCUGUUGCGUACUUAAUGUAUCGCGAGUGUUCUAAAAAGCUCGUUGCAACAGCCAUUGUGGCUCAGGGGCUUGUGUUUGAUGCUACGUUAAGCCUGUGGCAUAUGCCAUUUAGAACCUUGUGUAUUGCCUACAAUUUCUAAUGUAAAUGGUCUUGUUUCAUGUUUCA